AUGAAUGCCGCACUUGCCGUCGUCAGACUUCGAUUACUGUUCAUUGCCCAUCUCAUUUACUUGUUUCAUUUUUGUCUAGGUGGUACGUGUUGGUCGGCCAUGGUUCGAAGCGGCAACGGACGUUGCACGGAACUCCUCCACGAGAAGAUCUCCAAAGAAGAUUGCUGCUCCGUGCGUUCGGUCACUACAUCCUGGUCGGCCGACGAAUUGGACUCCGGCACGUUGUUCUUCUGGAGAAUACUGGGCGGCGGCGUACGAUGCUCCUCUUGCCGAGAUUCCUGCAAGGAGGUCGUCUGCGACGCCGACAAGGUCUGCGUGGUGCGCAAGGGCACGCCGAAGUGCGUGUGCUCGUCGAAGUGCAAAGAGGGCAAGCUCAGAUCGCUGAAGGGCCCCGUCUGCGGCACCGACGGCCGGACGUACCGCAACGUCUGCAGGCUUCGCAAGCAGUCCUGCCGCAGGCGAUCCAAUUCCCUCACCGUCGCCUACAAAGGCGUCUGUCAAAGUUCUUGUGAUAGAAUCGUUUGUCCGUCGGGCAAGCACUGUUUGCUGGACCAGAAUUUGACGCCGCAUUGCGUGAACUGCAUCAGGAAGUGCCCGAACGGGCCGAAGCGCCGUCAGGUCUGCGGCUCCGACGGCCUCACCUACCCCAGCGCCUGUCACCUGAGAGAGAAGGCCUGCAGGCGAGGCAAGGCGAUUCCCCUGGCGUACAAAGGACCUUGUCGAGCGAAGGCGACGUGCAAGAAGGUGAAGUGCAGGGACGGGCAGACGUGCCUGAAGGAGCCGCAGACGGGGAUGCCGCGCUGCGUCAGCUGCACGACGAGCUGCAAGCCGAGGCACGUGAUGCGCGGGCCGAUAUGCGGCACCAACAACAGCACCUAUCACACGUGGUGCCACAUGAUGCAGGACGCCUGCUUCAAGGGGUACGUCAUCGAUACGAUGUACCCGGGACGGUGUAAGGUAAACGCUACGGCGGGGAAGUACGUGAAUGUUAAGGUGCGAAAUCGUUGGUCGAAGGGUCCGUCGUAA